CUGAUAAGGCCUGCUUGUUAUUAUUUAACGGCCAAUGGUCACAAAGCUUUGGAAGAACACGGAUCGAAUUAGCGGAUAACUACGCGAUUACGUCCCCACGUUGUUGUUUUCGUCCGCAGUCGUGCACUUUGCGCGCACUUAGCAAAUCGUUGACUCUGGAAAGGUCGUUACGCGAGCUCCGACUCCCACUGAGCUGUGCCCGUGGAAAAAUCAAUUCACUGGUGCGGUGACGUCUCCUGGCCUGAUAAGCGGCGUAUAAACAAAAAAUAGCAAACAAGAUGCCCGUGGGAACGUUCGAUGGCUGGGAUGCGGCAGUCCUAAUCAGCAUCCUGGCCGUGUCGGCACUGAUUGGCAUAUAUUACCGUUACACGGGCGGCAAACAGAAGACCACUCAGGAGUACCUAAUGGCCGACCAGAGCAUGACCACCUUUCCGGUGUCCUUUAGCCUGAUGGCGAGCUUCAUGUCCGCCAUCACGCUGAUGGGCGUCUCCAAGGAGUCGUACGAGUUUGGGACGAUGUUCUGUGUGAUAAACAUAUCCUAUUGGAUCAGCACUCCCAUCGCCGCCAACAUAUUCCUGCCGGUGUUCUACAAGAUGCGGAUCACCAGCGUGUACGAGUACCUGGAGCGACGCUUCGGUCAGGCAACCCGGCUGGCGGCCUCCCUGGCGUUCACCAUUCAAAUGAUGCUCUACAUGGGCAUUGCCUUAUACACCCCGGCCCUGGCACUGGAGGCAGUGACUGGUAUUCCCCGGACCACGGCCAUUGUGGUUAUUGGACUGGUUUGCACCUUUUACUCUACUUUGGGCGGCCUGAAGGCGGUGCUCAUCACGGACGUAUUCCAAUCGCUGCUCAUGUUCGCCGCCAUCUAUGCGGUCAUCUGUGUCUCGGCCAUCAAAGCCGGCGGAUUCGCGGCUAUCUGGCAGGUGGCUGUGGAGCGGGGCCGUGUUGAGAUAGAUAACUUUUCGCUGGAUCCCACUGUGAGACACACCUGGUGGUCGCUCAUAAUAGGCGGCAUGGUCACCUACCUCUCCCUCUAUGGAGUUAACCAGACGCAAGUCCAGCGGCUCCUGAGUGUCCGGAAUUUGAAGAGCGCCCAGUCGGCGCUGUGGUGGAAUCUGCCCAUCCUGGGAUUGCUGAGCUUCAGCACCAUCUUAGGUGGACUGGCCAUCUUCUACUAUUACCGGGACUGUGAUCCGCUGCUCGAGGGCCGCAUCAAGUCGCGAGAUCAAGUCAUGCCUCUGUUCGCAGUGGACACUAUGGGUCAGUACCCCGGCUUGUGCGGCCUCUUUGUAUCGGGAAUUUUCUCGGCUAGUCUCUCCACGAUUUCCUCUGCGGUCACCUCUCUCUCGGCGGUUACCCUGGAGGAUUAUCUGAAACCACUGUACAAGGUGGUUUUCAGACGCACCCUUCUUGAUUCCAAGUCCACGCUGCCCACCAAAGUGAUGGCGUUCGUCUUUGGAAUUCUUUGCAUUGGACUGGCGUUUGGAGCCGGCUACCUUGGCGGCGUUCUCCAGGCCUCUCUGAUCAUAUUCGGAGUGGUGGGAGGCCCUCUGCUGGCCAUAUUCACUCUGGGAGUUUGCACAACGCGGACGAAUCAACGAGGCGUGCUGUUGGGAUUCCUAUUCUCAUUGGUAGUCGCUUUUUGGGUGUCCUUCGGCGGACCCAGGCCGCCCAUGCAGUCCCACCUGAGCUUCAGUACGGCGGGCUGUGAAAAUGGAACCGCCCUGGUGUCAGAAGCCCUACGCCUCGGGACGCAGACCAGCCAAGUAGUCAGUGAGCCGCAACACUACUUCUGGCUGUACCGCCUCUCCUACAUGUGGCCCUGUGUGAUCGGGUACGUUUUGGCCGUGGCCGUUGGCUACGGCAGCAGCAUCGUGAUGCAAAAACUCGGAUGGGCAGAAAACCCACAAAUAUAUUUGGACAAGUACCGGAAGGAGCUGGACUACGACCUCUUUGCUCCUGUCUUUUCGCGUCGCUGGCGGCGCCAAUACGAGCAACGAAACCAAGCCACGCAGGACGAAACACUCACCAAGUUGAAUCAGUAAUGGUGCUCUCAGGCUAAGUUUUAGAAUAUUGUAUUUGUAAUGUAAGAGAAUUUCCAGAAGGCGUGUCGGUUCAGUCCGAUUAGGGAUGUCGUACCUAAAAGUGCAUAACAUUGUGACCUUUUUGUAUACCUGCGUGAACUAAUACAGAUCGACCAAUCAGAGUCUUCCAUAUACAAGUAAACUACAAUAAUUGUUAGCUAAUUAGAGAAAUGUUCACAAGAGAAUCACUAGAAUAACCAGUUGGAUGUUGGAUAGUUAUAUUUAAAAGCGAAGGGGUGUUCCACCUGCCAACAAGACUUUCAAAUGCAUGCUAUGGAGAUCAAAUGUAGGCCGAUUACUUUCCGAUGCUGGGGAUUGACAGCCACAAUGCCCGGCACAAUUUUUUAAUUUCUUGAACGGAAUUUCAUUUUAUACAUUACUUAAUUUAAAUUAAACCUGUAACUAUAAGUUUAUUGAUAUUUUUAAAGCUUUGUAAUAUUGUCUAAGCAAUACUAUUAUUUAUUGAUGAAAUCCUAUAUUUAAACAAUACGGAGCUCGAGGUCAGGGCUAUAUUUAUAAACUACAGUGGGCACCCCUAGUAAUAGUUGCUGAAAUGUUCUUAAAUCGAAGCACACUCGCUGCACAACAUUGUGACUAUUUUAUAUAUACCUCAUACACUCAUACACAAAGAUAUAUACUUUACAAGCUGUGUUGCAGUAGAACAAUAAUAACUUAGGCAGUGCAAACUAUUAUUUACAUUUGUGAGAACUGCUGACCAUUAAGAGUAAAUGUUCUAUAAAGCA